AUCUUGACAACUCAGGAGACGUGCGGCUGUGUGCGCUUCAGGCUCCCCAUAAAAUUCACCGUUCUAGCUGUCAGACGGCGUUUUAACCGCCCAAAAGUUCCCCAAAUAUUGCUUACAUCCUUCUCCAACAGUAUCCACCAUGGGACCGGGUUAGGUUGAUCAGAAUCGGAGGUUAUUGGCGUCAAAAGGACGUCCUUUGACGUGAGAGAGACCUUGAGAGACGCCAUAUUGUAUGGCACGAGAGUGCAGCAGUUGUUGACACCGGACAGUCGACAAAACAACCUACAACUAACAAGCUAUGACAGCCUGAACUAAAGAAGAUCGCACCAGUACAGAAGCCUUAGGAACACCACAUCUAUCCAUCUACAGUAACAUUACAAGUCCAACACAACUCAGCAGUUUCUGGUUAAAUCACGAUUCAUAUUUUGGCCACUAUGGCGUACCAAAGACUACUCCAGCUCCGUGAGUCCUACCAGUCGCACCGCGCCCCUACCCCCCUCCCCUCCCGUCAGACAGUCGACCAGGCAUUGCAGGACAUCGAGCGUCAAACCCGCAGACUUCAGCAACAGGCAACUCACGAUCAACAAGACGGACGCCAGAGAACUCAGAGACCCGCUAUCAACAACAGGAACAGAUAUGCCAGAUCGUCCCCCACUGAGGAUGAGCGUGACAGAGCCCUGGACGAGCAUGCAGAGAGAGUCUACCAAAGGAAACUCCAGACUCAGAUGUUUGGGGAAGACAGGAGCACCUCAAAGCUGUACGUCAGGCGAGGCAAGAAGGUCCGCGCACCGGAGAAGAUCCGUGAAGUCGAGCGGGAGCGCCACUUUGCCGUGCCCUUGAACCACGAUCAUCAGCGGCUCCGAAUGACGCGCACAACCGCCAUGUUUGGCGACGACCUGUCCAAGAAGUCUUCCAAAAGCCGUCGAGCGCCCCCGCAGCCCAGUCUGGUCAGCGGACAGAACGGAGCGGAGAACACGCAGUACCGGAUGUAUCCCGAUGAGGAUGAAGAGGCUGUCUACGUCACUCUGGAAGAGGUCCGCCACAACGGACGGAAGCAAGCAGCCACCAGGGAUGUCCCCCCUGAGAAGACUGCCACCAAGCUGCCAGCUCUGGCACCACAGCGCCCCAGUCUGACCGUGAAUGGAACUGCAGCAGCCAUCAACACCUCUGGCCGCCCCUCACGGAGGAACCCAAAGCCUGCUGAGACUGCGAAGUCCGACAACGCCAUGGCAACAGAGAAGCAAGCAGUACGCCGCAGGACGAGAGGCAGCCGGCCCCAGAAGCGCCGCUGUGAGAGUCCGAGCGGCCCUGCGCAGAAACACUAAGUUCACUGGUCGCCCUGCCACCCCUCAUAGUGCACAUGGUGGUUCAAAAACACUGUACAACUCACAGUUCUCAAGUUAAGUUUUCAUGGAAACCCCUAGAAACAUCCCAAUUACCCUUUGUUGGUCAAAACUUCCCCAU